CCAACAAACUCAAGUUCCUUAAAUACCUUUUGUAAAAUCAUAUUCUAAUUCUUUCCAUCUAAUUUUAUUACAAUAUUAGUGCAUGCACAACUAAUCGAUACAAAAAAAAAACAAAUCGUGACAAUGCAAUACCAAAACACUAGGUCAAGGCAAAGGUCAUCGUCUUCCGAGUCGAUGGAGAGGGUGGCUAGGCUAGCAUCAGGAAGCGCGGUGGUGAUAUUUAGCUCGAGUAGUUGUUGCAUGUGCCAUGCAAUGAAGAGGUUGUUUUGUGAGCUCGGGGUGAGCCCGAUGGUGUAUGAGUUAGACCAAGACCCUAAUGGAAAAGGAAUGGAGAAGGCGCUUUCAAAGCUUAUUGGCAACUCACCCGCCAUACCGGUUGUGUUCAUAGGUGGUGAACUAAUCGGAUCGAUGGAUACAGUUAUGGCUUCUCAUAUUAAUGGCACUCUUAUCCCACUUCUCAAAGAAGCUGGAGCUCUCUGGCUGUAACAGUUUUUCCUUUUUAGUCUGUUAAGAAAAUUGAGUGAUCAUAUUCUUCCAUUUUCGAAUAUAUCGUAAUUUUUAAUGAACUUCCUAUUUUGUCCUUAGUCAUGACAUGUUCUCUAUAAAUGUUAUAUUUAAGGUAAUGAAUUUUCGAUCGAA